AUGGGCACACGUGUGCCUCUCAGUGACGCUACAUCGAGGGCGAAUACCACAAGCGUACCCCAGUCAGCUGCUAGAACAAAGUAUGCGUAUGCCCAAUACGACAAUGUUGCACCUGCCUCUGUCGGUGCAACAUAUGCGUUCUCACCUUCUGUGACGGCUUCUUCCCCGGCGCACGCCCCUUCCAUAAAUGCAACACCUCCCGCUAUGGAGACUCCGACACGGGACUAUGAGGGUGAGAGCAAGCGGAACUCAGCUGCCUCCCAGAACACACCUGACCGGCACUACUCAUCAUGCGAUGGAUUUCCCAACAAGAAAUCUCACAUUGGUCCUUGGCAAUUAGGCAAGACGCUUGGCAAGGGUUCUUCUGCCCGUGUGCGAGCUGCUCGUCACUGCGUCACUCAGCAAGAUGUCGCCGUGAAAAUCAUUGCCAAGAAGACGGCCCGCAUGACCCAGUCCGGAAGCAUUGCCAUACUUGAUCAAGUUGACAGCAGCUUGCCCGAAAACAUUGAUGGUGUUCGCCGCAUGCCGCUAGCCAUCGAGAGAGAGGUUGCCAUCCUGAAGCUGAUUGAGCACCCUAAUAUUGUCAAGUUGUACGAUAUAUGGGAGAACCGCAACGAAAUCUACCUCAUCAUGGAGUUUGUCGAGAACGGUGAUUUGUUUACAUAUAUCAACUGCAAUGGUGCCUUGACGGAAGAAUCGUCCCUUUUUGUCUUCCGACAGAUGAUGAACGCCGUCCAAUAUUGCCACACCUACAAUAUAUGUCACCGCGACCUGAAACCGGAAAAUAUUCUUCUCAAGGCUGACGGUCAGAUCAAGAUCGCGGACUUUGGUAUGGCGGCUUUGCAUCAAGGGCCCCGUUAUCAUUUGCAAACGUCCUGUGGCAGCCCGCAUUAUGCAGCGCCAGAGCUCCUGAAAGCUCGGCCAUAUCGCGGUGAAAAAGCCGACAUUUGGAGUAUGGGGGUGAUUCUCUUCGUUAUGCUAGCUGGGCGGCUCCCAUUCGACGAAAGUGACUUGGGCUAUAUGUUGGCAAAGGCAAAGAAGGGCAUCUAUACGAUGCCAGCCCAUUUCAGUCCAGAGGCAAAAGACCUAGUCCAUCGCAUUUUGCAGGUGGAGCCCGAGGUUCGCAUUUCUAUGAACGAAAUGUGGCAGCACCCGCUUGUGUGGAAGUAUGGCUAUCUGGACGAAUUUGGCAGCCAUAGAGCAGAUGGCCGUGGCGCCGGGAAUCGGGGAACACACAUGCGCCCGCUUGACUUGACAACGAUCGAUACCCAGAUUUUCCGCCAGCUUCACUCCAUGUGGCAUACACUGCGGGAGGAUGAACUAGCUGGUAAGCUUGUUAGCAAUGAGCCCAACGACCAGAAGAUGUUUUACUGGCUUCUUUUCGGCUACCGAGACCGACAGAUGGAGAACUUCAACCCUACCCUUACCCACUCGAUGAGCGACUAUCAUCAUGCCAACCAGGUUUUUUCGAAGAAGGUGUCGACGCGUCAAUUUUCGCAGGGCAAAGUGUCGGGCCACAAACGAAGCGUUUCCCGGUUUACCGUCAUUUCGAAUAUCGCAGAAACGGAAACGGAAACGGAGUAUGGCACCAUCAGAAGCUACGACCCAUACAAAUCUUCGUCGGUGAUGCGUUUCGAUGAUGCACGCGCUGCCAGUCAUGCGAAGAUCGUAAUUCAUCGAUCAAAUUCCGAUGCAGAAGCUGAAGCGCGCUCUGCUGUCCAGGCCGAGGCCCAGAGGGCUAGAGCCGGGUCGGCAAACAAGAAGAGGAUGACUGCUCAUCACCGCCGCGGUACGUCGACGAACCUGAAGCUCUCGAGGGGUUCUACGAACUCUGUUCGUAGUCUGCACAGCAUCAAAAGUGUUGGGAGGUAUGGCGCCACCGUUGUGCGUCCUGCAACUCGGUAUAGGCGAGGUGUCAACUUCUCGCAAGUGAGGAAGCCUUCAGGCCAUGAUCGGCAAUCGAGUAUCAGCAGCAUCAGUGAUAUCAAGUACCGGGAUGACACUCUUCUCUGGAACGAAGACCUCACGGAGUUCAGUUGUAAGAUUGCCAGAGACUUGGAUGAGGCUUUCAUGAGUUCAUUGCUCACUGUGGAUAUUGCUGAGAAUGAGGAUGGAAGGAACUCGCCAUACUCUCUUCGGCUCAGUAGCCCGGACGUGGAGCACUCACUUUCAACACAAGCACUGCUUGCGGAUUCCGACCCUUCACCGAUAUUGGAAACAACCGGGCCCGGCCAUUGGGACUCUCGGCCAUUGCCUCCGUCGCCGCCGCUGUCUGACUCUGUUCGGUUGGAGAUCAUGCAGGCUGAGGCUGACCGUGCACACCGCAAGUACUCAGCUGACUCUGGACCAACGAUGCGUCCGCUCUCAACACCUGGAAACGCUGCCAUUGCAUCACCUCGUCCUAAGGUGGAGGCGAGCGCCUUUCCCGCACCUCUUGUGAUUAGUGAACGGCGGGUCGUAUCGGCGCCAGUCUAUCCCAAUGGAGGUUCAGACUUGCCGUCCAUAUAUGAAGGGUUCCAUGAAAACGGGUGCCGCAACGAGACGGACAAGCCACGUGCGGUAUCCGCGCCGUCUAAGAACCAAGGUUUAAAUGAUCUGGCGAUGGCUGAGAAGACUAUCCGAGUGGUAGUGUCUCCCACUGCUCCUCGGAACAGGAGAUCGAUUGCAACCCCACAGCCGUUGGAUGUGUCAAAAAAUAGUAGCAGAGUGAAUGCUAAGACGCCAUCUUCGGAACAGAGCAUCCGCCAGCAGUAUAUUGACGGCGAAGGGUAUCGGUCCCGAUAUCACAAUGAGUUUCCUGAACGUCAGCCGACCAUUGUGGAGGAAGGCUCCAAGGAAUCUCUGAGCAGCGGUUCGGGUUCGGGUCCCAUUAAGAUGCCAUGGCUGUUCCGGCGCCAGUCCAAGCUUGAAUCGCGCCGUGCAGAAACACCCGCAGCCUCAGUAGUCAACCCGCCCCAGGCUCUUCCUAGGAAAAGGAGCCUUUUCUUCCCGUUCUGGAAGAGCUCCAGGAGCAGCACAAAGCUUUCUGUCCUGGAGACGGAUGACGAAAACAAGGCUAAUAGCUGGGAGACAGUGAAGAGCUGGAAGCCAAAGUCGACGGAGGAUCUAAAAUCCAAGAAGCGCUUCAGUCGGCUGACUCUUCCUUCAGGCUGGUAUGAUGAGGACGAAGAGGAGCGUGGGAGUCGCAAGAUUGAUCCACAGCAGAACUGGCUGGCCAGAAUAUUUCACGUCAAGCCAGCGAAGCGCCAUCUUUGCUUGAGCAUUUCACAGCGCCGAGCACGCCAAGAGACAGUGUCUCUGCUACGGGAAUGGAAGAAUUUUGGAAUUCGUGAUAUUGAGGUUGACAAGGUGAACAACAUUGUCUUUGCCCGAGUUGCUGCGAACAACUAUCUCGGCAUCCGCGAAGUCUCAUUUGCGUGCGAGAUUAUUACGGUGAUUGAGCACCGCAAGAGUAACCAUCUGUGCAUAAUUCGCCUAACACAGGAGAGGGGCUCAGCCAACAGCUUCCACAAGGUGGCAGACACGAUCAAGUCGAAGUUUCGCGAGCGUCAUCUGCUAGUUGCGGACACCCGCAAAUCCAAGAUGAUGGUCAAGACACUAAAUUCCUGA